AUGGCGGGGGGAUCUGUGGGCAGAAGCGGGGGAACAACCCUAGCGGGGAAGCAGGUGGUGAUUCGGAUUCGACCCAGAGGCGGCUCCAUAGACGCGUCGCAUGGAGUGGGUUCCACCAGCAGCGGAGGCAGCGGCGGCGGCGGUGACGGCGGUGGCGGCGGCGCGGCGGACGUAGGCAGUGGCGCGGCGGCAGCGGGUUUCACGGCGACGGUGACGGCUGUGCUUCCGGCGGGCGCGGGGUCCCCCCAGUCCCCGUCCAGCGCGCGCAGACGCGAGGGCGGGGGCGGAGCAGGCGGAGGGAGGGCGCUCGAGGGGGUAGGACGGCACACAUUCGCAGUGGACAGCAGCACAGGCGGCGGAUCAGGCGAUGCUGCUGCGGAAGGCGGGUAUUCCCGAGAGGCCAACCUCACCCUCCCUGGGAAGCGAACCGACGCCUCGGCCGAGCCUAGGUUCAAAGGCGUGACGCGGUUAGGCUCGGUGGCGGCUGCGGAAGCAGCAGCUGCGGCAAUCGCGGUGGCGGAUGCUGCUGCUGCGGCGCAGGCGGGGAAAGCGGGGUGGGAGCCGCCGCUCAGCCCCACAGGGGUGCCUGUCAUCCCGCCGGAGGGCCGUCUGAGCAGUGAGGGAGACGUUUUCCUGGAGUACCUGCGCAAGGCGGGGGAAGGCAGGGCAGCUGCGCAGUAUGACGUGGCAGUGUGCUAUGGGGGAGGUUUUGGCGUGAAGCAGGAUAAGUCCCUCGCCGCGUACUGGUUCAGAAAGGCGGCGGAGCAGGGCUUGGCGCGCGCACAGUACGCUCUGGCGGAGUGCUACGAAUCAGGCGCGGGGGUGGAGAAGGACGAAGAGGAGGCGUUCCGGUGGUUCUUCCGGGCGGCAAGCUUCGGCAGCGGCAAGUAUCUGGUGAAACUCGGGCUGUGCUUUGAGCGGGGGUUCGGCGUGACAGAGUGCCCGGUGGCAGCGCUGUACUGGUACCACAAGGCGGCAGAGCAGGGGCCCAAGUUUGCCGCGCAGGUGGAGAAGCGCAUGGAGGUGCUGCAGCGGCAGAGGGAGGAGGAGAUCAUGAGUGCGCGCGGGGAGGGGGUGCCUGUGGAGUGCAUCUGCCCGCUCACUGGGAGGAUGAUGGAGGAUCCGGUUGAGCUGCCUGAGACGAACGUGUGCUGUGAGCGCGCCCAGGUGAAGACGUUCUGGGACCACUGCGAGCUGCGUUGCCCCCGCAAGCGGCAGGCGGAGCAGGAGGCGCUGCAGGGGUCAGUGGUGCCCCGAGCAUCCACCUGCCAGGCAGUGCUGAGCGAUGAGUGGGGGGCGGAGAGGGAAGAUGAGGGGGGCCACGGCAGGGCUUAUGGGCCGCAUGGGGAGGAGGAAGAGGAGGAGGAGGAGGGUGUGGGUGGGUUGGGGAAUGUAGGGGGCUCGGGGAGGGGAGGAGGUGGAGAGAGGGAGGGAGAGAGGAGGAAGAGUCGGUUUUCUAGGGAUUUGUCGGAGGAAGGGGAGAGGAGUGGGGCGAGUGAGAGUGAGGAGGAAGAGGAGGAGGUUGGUGGGGGGUCGAGGGGGGUAGGUGGGGGGGAUACGCGGGAUGAGGUUGGAGGGGGGAGGAGGAGGGGGGCGAGGAGGGAUAGGCACAGUGAUAGUGAUACUGGUUCAUCGUAUGUGAGUGAUGAGGAGGAUUAUGAUGAUGAUGAUUACGAUGAUGGGGAGCAAAGGAGUAAUAGGCACAAGAAGAAAACGUAUGAUGACGAGGACAAGUAUGAUGACGAGGAUGAGGAUUAUACUUCUAGUGAGUACGACAGAAGCGAGGAUAGAUCGACAGACAGCGAAGGGUACAGGGAGGGGAGCAGGAAGGGGGUAGACCGUAGAAGUAGUAGUCCUAGAAAGGGAUCUGGGAGGGGGCGAGGCAUCAGCAGCAGGGGGAGAAAGGAUGAAGAUGGUUCGGACUAUAGUGACAGUAACUACAGCCAUAGUGACACUGACGACGGGGAAGGCGAGGAGGGGGGCAGAGGUGGCAGAGGCAGGUCCAGUCGAGUGGCAGAGGGGAGCCGAGACACGAGCUUUAAGUCACGAGAGGGGGACAGCGAGGAGGAGGGAGAGGAGGGGGAGGAGGUGGCAGUGGGGCGGGCGCUGGCUCGUGAUUCGUCCCGCGACUUGUCUCACAGCUACAGCCGGGAUUCAUCCCGGGCGUACAGUGAGAGCGUGCCAUCUGAGCCGUCCAUGCGGCGAGAUGCGUCCCUGGAUGAGCCUGCGCGAGUCAAGGUGUCCAUCCCUCGGGGUGGGUCUGUUGGUGGGUCUGUGAGAGGGGAGGGUGUUGUGAGGAAAGAAGGGUAUCUGUCUGGUGAGGAGGACGGAGACGGAGGAGAGGGGCUUGUCGAACCUCCUAAACGCCAUCCCCCCUCCCCGCUCCCCCCCUCCCAGGCGGAGCCAGUGAUAGACUGUGGGCCGCGGUGGGCCCUGGCACGAUACCUCGAGAUGCUGGAGAAGCUGCUGCUCGUGCAGCGGGAAGCUGGCCAGAACCUUCUGGGGUCGUGCGCAGGGGGGCCGGGCGGCUCGGGUAGGGGAGCGUGGGAGGGCGAGGGGGAGGUGUGGGAGGCAGUGGAGGCACUGGAGGGGCUGUGUGCGCGCGGCGUGCAGCAGCUGCUGGACGACUUCAGGGCCGCUCUGCUCGCCUGCAGGUACGGUGUGUGGCAUUAG